GGAUUUCAUUGUGUUGGGAACUUUUGAAUCACUUGACUCGUAUGUAUCAAGUAUGUAUCGAUCGUACAAUGUUUUCACCACGUCUCUGGUGUUUCUGUGAAGAUGGGCCCUCAACCAGCAGCUGUGAAGCUUCCCUCAAGGAGAGGCAGCCUGCCAACAGGAGACAAUAGGAAGGAAUGCAACAUCGUCCUGGAGAAGAUGCCUGUCGUUCCACAGGGGGCCACUCAAAAGUCGUCCCUGCCGUCAAUCAUCAAGGGCCUUCAGAAAAACGCCCAGGCACUAAUCUCCAAGGGCUGGCAGAAGACACCUUCCUAUCUACAUGCUUUUAAGCAGCAAAACGAGGAAACACCGUCGAGCAAAACCACCUCGAAGGAAACGUCUGAUUCCAAGGGGAAGCUGCGAAUCGUCGUGAAACCCCCUGUCAGAGCACCCAUGUCUCCUGAAGCUGUUCUUAGGGAAUUUAAGUCAUGUCUGACAAAGCAUGAGCUGGGUGAAAUCAGGGACUACAAGGAGGUGUGGUACUGGGGAAACAAGGCCAACAAGAUUAAGACCUCCCAAACCCAGAACGGAUGCUACACUGCAAUCAUAAAUGAUCACUUGGCCUACCGCUUUCAAAUCCUGGAGGUGAUCGGGACGGGCUACUCUGGUGAGGUAAUCAAAUGCCUGGACCACAAGACCAAGGAGCGCGUGGCCGUCAAGGUCUUUCGAGACAACUCAAGUGUUCGAAGGCAGGGAGAAGCUGAAGUGAAGAUAUUGAAAACCCUGCGAAAGUGCGACAAGGAUCGUUCGGCAAACAUCGUCCACAUUAAGGAGAAAUUCUACUUCCGCCAACACCUCUGCAUCACUUUUGAUCUCUUUGAUGAGGACCUAUACAGAGCCUUGAAAAGGACCAAGAAGCCUGGAUUCAGUGAGAGAGAGCUGAGAAAAUACACCAUGGACAUGCUCAAGUGUCUGCAGCUCCUCAAGAAGAACAACAUCGUGCACGGUGACCUCAAAACGAACAACAUACUGGUCCUCAGAAAGGACAGAGAAAAGCAUGUAGCAGUCGGCGACUACGGAGGGAGUUACCUCACGACAGAAAGCCACAAACCCCCCAUACACACUCUGAACUACGUGGCCCCCGAGCUGCUCCUCGGCAAACGGUGCAGCCCGGCGAUCGACAUGUGGAGCCUGGGCUGCAUCCUGGCCGAGCUCCACAUCGGUCACCUUCUCUUUAUCGGAAGCAACAACCUGUGUCAGUUUCGCCACAUAAUGGAGGUUCUGGGAGUCCCUCCCUCAAACCUGCUGGACAAGGCGCCCAACAGAGACAUGUUCUUUGAUUCCGAAGGCCUCCCUCUGCAGAUGGAAAAAAUAACACGCAACAGCACCACUCUGGCCAAAAAGCUGGGCUCUAAGAACGCCGAGUUUGUCGAUUUCAUUGAAGGCUGCCUACAAUACAAUCCGAAAAAGCGCAUGACACCAGAGCAGGCCAUGCACCACCCGUGGAUCACUCAGAAGUCCAAAUACGCAGCGGCGGCUGCAAAAUCUCGAUCAGAUGCCCCAGUAUCCUCAAGCGGCAAAAAGCCCGCCCCACCCAUCACAGAGAAAAUGACGCCUGUGCAACCGGGGAAGGCCUGAGAGUGACGAGGAGACGCCCUCUUCGCAUUUAACAUCACACAUAAAAAUGUCAACUUUCCUCUUUGAUAAAGAAAAAGCUGCUCUGGUCCUGAAGCGUCUCUCAGUUACUCUGCUAUGGGCCCAGACUGCCGGAGGAAGUCCCACCAGGCACUGAGCAUCUCUCCCUCCCUUCUUCUCUCUUUCUUUUGCUCUUUCUUCUUUAUUUCUAUUAAUAUUACAUGUCACGCUGUCACGUUGGGCUGCCACUUUUUCCAAACCACAGAUUGGUUUUGCGCUUGCGGUAUUAUUCUGUGACUUUCUACGCGAGCAAAGUUUGAGACUAAAUAAAGGCCUUGGUGUUUCCUCCUGAUGUGGCACCUUGUUGACAA